AUGGCUCGGGAACUUCGUAGCCACAACAGUGCUGACGAUGAUAGCGGAAACGUUGGUGACUGCGAGACUUCGAGCACAUCAUGCAAAACCCUGGAAGACAUCGUCAUUGAGGAUUAA